AUGAAAGGCUACCUUAAUCUUCCGGAUGCCACCAAGAGCUGUAUCACCGAUGACUGUUUGUUUCGUACGGGGGACAUUGGCCACUUUGACAAGGACGGCUGGUUCUACAUCACAGACCGACUCAAGGAGCUGAUCAAGGUGAAGGGUUUGCAGGUUGCCCCGGCAGAGCUGGAAGCUCUCUUGGUGACCCACAAGAAAAUCGCCGAUGCCGCAGUCAUCGGAGUGACCGACGAGAGACUGGGGGAGGCUCCGAGAGCCUACGUUGUGAAGAACGACUCCAGUCUCCAGGAGAGAGAGGUGGAGGAGUACAUCGCUAGGAGGGUCGCCAAACACAAGCAUCUAGUAGGAGGGGUCCAAUUUGUCGAUGCCAUCCUAAGUCUGCUUCUGGGAAGAUUCUGUGCCGUUUAUUGA